CAUUGGGCGGUCGUAGGGUUUUAAAGAAACGGUAGAAGAAGAGGAAAAGGAAGAGGAAGCCGCCACUCCAUCAUGCCUAAGUCCAAGCGUGAUCGACCAGUUACAUUAUCCAAGACAAAGAAGAAGGGGAGGGGACACAAAGAGUCCAUAGUGAAUUCGAUAAGGCAGGCUGUGGAAAAUUACAGUUCGAUCUAUGUUUUCUCUUUUGAGAACAUGAGAAAUCUUAAAUUCAAGGAAUUCAGAGAGAAGCUCAAAUCUACCAGCAGGUUUUUCCUUGGAUCAAAUAAAGUCAUGCAAAUUGCCAUUGGGCGUUCAGUUGCUGAUGAGAUCAGACCAGGACUUCGUAAAGUUUCUAAGCUUCUUCAUGGAGAUACUGGGCUCUUUUUUACUAAUCUGCCUAAGGAAGAAGUCCAAAGGUUAUUUGAUGAAUAUGAAGAAUAUGAUUUUGCAAGGACAGGAAGCACUGCAGUAGAAAAGGUGGAGCUUAAAGAAGGUCCUCUUGAUCAGUUCACACAUGAGAUGGAACCCUUCCUACGCAAGCAAGGGAUGCCGGUUCGGUUGAACAAAGGUGUGGUGGAGCUUGUUUCGGACUUUGUCGUUUGUGAAGAGGGAACACCAUUGUCGCCUGAGUCAGCUCGCAUACUGCGUCUACUUGGGAUCAAGAUGGCCACUUUCCGACUUCACUUGGUUUGCAGAUGGAGCCCAGAUGAAUUUGACCUCUACAAAGAAGGCCUCGAUGACUCAGAUGUUGAAUCCUCAUAAAAUGCUGAUGUGGGCAUUGAUCACAAUGUGAUGGUGAUGCUGAGUUUUUGGGCCAAGUGAUACAGAAAUGGUAUCUGAGUUUUGUUUAGGGUCCUCUGGCCAACUCUGAGGUUAUAGAAAGUGUUUUCUAUUAUAUGACCUUCGUUUGUAAGCUAUUGCAGUUAAUUUUAGGCUUGUGCUCCUUUUGAGGUAAAACAUUUUCUCCGGAGAAGAUUUUGCUUGUAAAA